CUGGGUGCCAAAGAUUUUGCAAACUUUCUAUGCUGUUCCGCAUGCAAUAAUGCAUUCCAUGCUUGCUCUUUAGGUCUUGUAUUCUCGUGCGCUAGAGUUUGGUGAAAAAACAUAUAGAAAUAUAGGUAGUUUUGUUUUAAGGGUACAGGUAUAAUCCAUCCAUGGUGAACAUAUAAAAUAGGCUCAAAUGGCUUCUUUUGUACACUUCAAAGAGUAAAUCCACUUGACAUAACUUGCACAGGGGGAGCCGAGGGAGGGAGGAGUCAGAGACACAGGUUGGGGUUUAAAGGGUUUGCAAGAGUUUUUAGAGUUCCCAAGUGUUCAUCUCCGCCCCAACACAAGUUCAUUUUCAGAUCUUUAUUGUGGACAAAAAUGUUGAAGAUAGGGUUAAUCUUUUGCUUUUCCUUUUUCUGCUUUUUGGGUCUUACUGGCGCAGGUCAAGAAUCUGUUGAAUACCUUAACCUUUAUGACACAACUCCUGAGGUUAUUCAUGCAUUAUCUCACAGCGAUCUUCCUGUAGCAGUUCCUGUGAAUGGCAAUGUCCUCAGGGAGGUUUCUGGCAGUGUUUUGAAGGCUGAGAGUUGGCUCAGGCUUCAUGUUCUAGCUCACUUUCCAGCUACCAAGAUCACUACCGUUCUUGUGGGUGACAGUCUUCUUUGUCAAAAGGAUCAGGAAGACAGCUUGGAUCUUUUACUACCCUCUCUUAAGAACAUUUAUCAUUCUCUUACGAGGUGGGGUUUAGAGAAAGAUAUCAAAGUGUCGGUUGCUUUCUCUUCCAGUUGUUUGCACCAAAAGUCUCCUCUUUUUAGUGAUGAUUUGGCUAAGAAGGUUGUUAAACCUCUGCUGCGGUUCCUUCAAAACACAAACUCUACUUAUUCCAUUAGCCCUCCUCCGAAUUUGUCUUCCUCUUUACAUGAAAGUUUGACUUUAUUAUCUUCCCACCUGGAUUUCAUGAAACGGUUUGGAUCUUUUGAGCUUACGAAGGUCAAUGUGGUAGUCUCGAGUCAACUAGAGAAACAAAUCAUAAGCAGGAAGCUCUCAGUCAUGGAUUCCAAGCUCGUAAAGCCCCACUCAGCUAGGCCAACCCCUUUACCAGAAAUCGCUCCUUCUACCUUCCAUUCAUCUAUUGGCUUUUCUGGGCCCGCCAAUGUAGCCAAAAAGCCUCAUCCCCCACAGUACCCUACUGCUUCACCUCCUGCAAUUUCCUUCCCUGUUGAUUCUCCACCACCAUUUUCCUUCCCCAUUGCUCCAGAGUUGCCUCCGCCUUUCGUUCCCGCCAGCUCUCCUAACGGUUUCUAUUUGCCUCCUUGUAAUCCAGCCGAUAACACAGCGCCAGCACCAAAGGUAGGAGUGGUACAAAGGCUGUGGUGUGUGGCUAAGCCCAGUGUUCCCGCUGAGACUCUACAGGAAGCAAUGGACUACGCUUGUGGUGAAGGUGGUGCUGAUUGUGAAGAGAUUAUGCCUGAUGGGAGCUGUUUCUAUCCAGAUACCGCUGUUGCUCAUGCUUCUUAUGCUUUCAAUAGCUACUGGCAGAAGACCAAGAGAAAUGGAGGAACUUGCAAUUUUGGAGGCACUGCUAUGAUCAUCAAUGCUGACCCAAGUUUUCUUCAGUGUCUGUUUGUUCUCAGCUGAACAAUGGGGAAUGUGGGUUUGUUUCAAAAUAAAGUAUGAUUUGUGGGGUCUGACUGCAAGGUGAAUUUGUCUGCUUUUUCAUGUAGCAAGUAGGACUUAAAAGUUUUGUUCCUCUUUAACCAUGUAGUCAUGGAGUAUCCUAUGACAAAUUUGCAAGACUUUUUUUACUCUAAUUCUAUAUAUAUA